AUGUUAGAGGAGGCAAACAGAGCCAAGGGCAGAGAUUUCAGCAGUACCAAUACCUGCAAGGACAGAGGGAAACUUGGGAGCAAUAGACCCAAAAGUGAUAAACCUGUCAAGAUUAAAAUUCACACAACACCAAGUAAUUCUAAUCUUCAGGAAUUAUCUAAGGAUAUUAAGGAAUAUACAAGAAAAUUAAGACUAGCAGAGUUUUUUCAUAAGGAUGACGAAGACAAAAACACGUCUGAAAGUGAUCUUGUAAGGAACAAAUCAAAUUUUAAUCCAAAGAAAGGAAGGAACAGUCUCCUUGACACUGUUUGUAAUACGCUGCAAAAUAUACCUUUAAGGAAUGAAAAAAAUAAUACAAGAAGUAAUUUACGAAAAGAAGAAGAAAAGGCUGUUCAAUCGCUGACAAACGAUUGUUCAAUCGUAAUCAAAGAAGCAGACAAGGGAGGUGCAGUAGUGAUUAUGAACACAGAAUACUACAAAUCAAAAAUAUUACAAAUGCUCAAUAACAGUGAGUUUUACGAUAAAAUACCAGAAAACAGUGACAAAAAGACAAUGCGAAAAAUCAUAAACUUGAUAAAGAACCACAACACAACGUCCUGUUUAACAGAUAAAGAAGAGGACUUCUUAAUGAAUUUUGAUUUCAGAGAAAGUGCAUUUUAUGGACUUCCUAAGAUACACAAGUCUAAAACAAUAAAGGAAGCGAUUAAAAUACAAAACUCUGCAUAUGUUACAUGUAACGAUCCGGAAGAUCUCACAUUUAGACCUAUCGUAGGUGGACCCAAUGCUCCUACACAAAGGCUGAGUCAUCUUAUGGACAUAUUACUGAAACCUUUAUGCUUAGAAGUAAAAAGUUAUGUUCGUGAUGAUCUGGAUUUUCUGAGACAUCUACCUGAAAAUGUUAGUCAUAAUGCCAAACUAGUCACAAUGGAUGUUACCAACUUGUACACUAAUAUUACUACUGAUCUUGGUGUCAAGGCGCUCGAAUACUGGAUUGAUAAAUAUCCACAAAAAAUUAAUGCGCGUUUCAGCAAAGACUUCAUCUUAGAGGCGAGUAAGAUAGUAUUGCAAAAUAAUACUUUCUCCUUUAGCGACAAGCAUUAUGCACAAAAGAAAGGAACAGCAAUGGGAACGAAAAUGGCCCCUACUUAUGCCACCCUCACACUAGGAUAUCUAGAAGAAAAGAUGUAUGAAAGAACAACUCGGUACUUUGACCAACAAAUUACAGAAAAUAUAAAGAACAAUUGGAAAAGAUACCUCGAUGAUUGUUUUAUAAUUUGGAAUGACAGCGAUGCGAAUCUAGCAGCUUUCCUAAAUAUUAUGAAUGAUCUAGAUCCUGACAUCAACUUCACAAUGAAAGAAAGUUUUCAAAGUAUUCCAUUUUUGGACGUCUUAAUUAAAAAGGAUGGAGAAUGUCUUUCGACAGACAUAUACUACAAACCGACGGACACACAUCAAUACCUUCAUUUCAGUUCCUGUCAUCCUAGCCAUACAAAACGCUCGAUCCCGUACAAUUUAGCUAGAAGAGUCUGCACAAUAGUUAGCGACGAGAAAACAAGAGAUAAACGUCUAAAUGAAUUGAAAAAGUAUUUACUUGAACAAUGUUAUCCUUCCGGAAUCAUUGAGGACGGGAUAAAAAAGCCCACAGAAAUCGACAGAGAAACACUUAUUAAUUCCUCAAAUAGUGACAAUCCGGAUACCUCAAUAUUACCGCUUGUAACUACCUACAAUCCGAGGAACAGGAAUAUUACCCCUACAGUGCGUAACCUCAACAACCUUCUACAGACCGAUGAGAAAAUGUCCAAAGUGCUGGAAAAAUAUAAAUUCAUCAACAGUAAAAGACAACCUAAAAAUCUCAGGAGAAUAUUGUGCAAAUCUGUAUUUCAGCAACAGAAUUCAUACACGGUCAAUACAUGCUCCGAUUCACGUUGUGGAACUUGCCGAUAUAUUAAAGAGGGAAGUACUUUUACACUCGGAAAUAAGAAAUUUACCGUAAAUGCAGACAUGACCUGUGCAUCAAAAAACCUUAUUUAUUGUAUAAAAUGCGCUGGAUGCGGAGAAUUAUACAUAGGAGAAACCGGGACCGCCCUUCGCACUCGCAUACGUAUACACAGACAGCAUAUCAACCAACCCCAGUACAGAAAAAUAAAACUCAGUGAACAUCUUGAUAUUUGUGGACAGGGACAAUUCACAGUUUAUCCCUUUUAUAAACUCAAAACAGAGAGCGUUUUAGAAAGACGGGAAAAAGAAAAACAUUUUAUAAAUAUUUUUAAACCAUCCCUAAAUAGUUUAAUAUAG